GUCUUUGCUCUACCUCUAAUACUUCUGUUGUUCACCCAGGUGGUGUUUGCACAGCCACACGACAAUUACGACUCACAGCCACAAGGCUUUAUACAUCAACAACAACCUUUGCUCGACCCUACACUUUACAACAACACAACCAUGGCACAUCAAAAUGGCUAUCGCGCCGUCUCAUACUUUGUCAACUGGGCAAUCUAUGGUCGCAACCACCAACCCCAGGAUCUGCCUGCAGACAAGCUUACACAUGUUCUCUACGCAUUUGCGAACAUCAAGCCCGAUACUGGCGAGGUACAUCUCACAGACGCAUGGUCAGACACCGACAAGCACUACGAUGGAGACUCCUGGAACGAUGUCGGCACCAAUGUCUACGGCUGCAUGAAACAACUAUUCCUGCUCAAGAAGCGCAACCGGAAUCUCAAGGUACUGCUCAGUAUCGGUGGCUGGACAUACUCACCGAACUUCGCUGGACCUGCAUCUACCGAAGCUGGCCGCCAGUGUUUCGCCAACAGUGCUGUCGCUCUGCUCAAAGACCAUGGCCUUGAUGGCCUGGAUGUUGACUGGGAGUACCCGGCAGAUGACGCUCAAGCUAGCGACUACGUCCUCCUUCUGAGAGCCACCAGACUUGCUCUGGAUGCAUACUCGCAGUCACUCCCAGGAAACCCACACUUUGCCUUGACAGUUGCUGCACCCUGUGGCCCCGAGAAUUUGCAACGCAUGCAUCUACGUGACAUGGAUCAAUACCUAGAUUUCUGGAACUUGAUGGCCUACGAUUUCACAGGCACUUGGAGCACUCACGCAGGUCAUCAGACCAACAUCGGUCCUUGCAACCAAAACCCCCAAAGCACACCUGUCAGCACUGACAAUGCUGUUCGCUGGUACACUGAGCACUGUGGCAUUCAUCCGAGUAAACUCGUCAUUGGCAUGCCACUAUACGGCCGCAGCUUUGCAAACACCGAUGGACCUGGCGCACCGUACUCUGGCGUCGACUCUGGAGCCAGCUGGGAAGCUGGAUCUGGCAUCUGGGAUUACAAAGCUCUGCCCCGCCCAGGAGCAACCGAACACCACGACCCCACCGCCGGCGCAUCCUGGAGCUACGACCCCUCCUCUCGCAUCAUGAUCACCUACGACAACCCUGCCUCCUCUGCCGCAAAAGCGUGGCCGCUAUGGCCGAUCAUGUCGCCUUGUCGACUGAUUCGUGCCCGCUCGGAGCGGAAUAAAGACGGUUGGUGA